AGCGCUGAUUGGAUACCAGAGCUGUAUAAAUUUCCGCAGUGCCGUAUUUCUCUCUUUCGUUGCUAUUUAGUUUAUACCCGAAUGCGGUCACAAACUGAACAGUGCCGUUAUACAGGACUGUCAUCGUAUACAGGACAGGUUUAGUGUCACUGUUCACCGUACUACUGAAAAUGAAGGAGAGGAGAAUCAGCCAGCCUUUGGUAAUGCGUUGCAAGCUGGUUUUAGUAGGAGACGUUCAGUGCGGGAAAACCGCAAUGUUGCAAGUGUUGGCCAAAGACUGUUAUCCUGAGACAUACGUCCCGACAGUGUUUGAAAAUUACACAGCUGGGCUGGAGUUAGAAGAGCAGCGUGUGGAGCUGAGUUUAUGGGACACGUCAGGUUCACCUUAUUAUGACAACGUCAGGCCUCUGUGCUAUAGUGACGCAGAUGCCGUUUUGCUCUGCUUCGAUAUAAGUCGCCCUGACACCGUUGAAAGUGCCCUAAAAAAGGUGAUGCACCUUACAUUGAUGUUUUCAAAAUACUUUAUUGCCAGGUAUGGUAGUGUAACAAUGUGCAUCCCUCUGCAGUGGAAGGCAGAAAUUAUGGAUUUCUGUCCCAGUACGCGCAUAAUUCUGGUCGGCUGCAAGACGGACCUGCGCACAGACGUUUGCACAUUGAUGGAGCUGUCCAAUCAGAGACUGACACCCAUUUCCCAUGAGCAGGGAACAUUGCUAGCAAAGCAGGUCGGAGCAGAGGUGUACCUGGAAUGUUCUGCGUUCACAUCAGAGAAAAGCAUCCACAGUGUGUUUCGCUCAGCCGCGCUCAUGUGUCUCAACAAACUGCAGCCACCCAUUAAGCAAAGUCCAACUCGACGACUCUCUAAACGCCUCCUUCACCUGCCCAGCAAGGCGGAGCUUCUGAGUUCCAGCUUCAGCAAGAAGAGAACCAAGAGCUGCUCUAUCAUGUGAGCCCACAUUUGCCGCUAUCCACAUCUGUGCUCUAUGAGAGGGUUGGUUAGGGGCUUUGAGAAGAGGGGAGGGCAUAAACUUUCAUGAUCCCACCCACUCUCUAUAUACUUAUGUUCUUCUUCCAUUCUGACACCCUACCUACAAACACACUCAUCUCUACGUCAAAGAGCAGAUGCUUAAAAAUAUCAAUUAAUUUCCCUUUACCAGCGUAUGGCUUUACAUGGACUGCAUUUUGUAUUAAUGAUCAGUCGGACAAAGAGGGAAUAUUGGACGUGAAGUGCAUCAAAAAUAUUUGUGGUCUAAUUUGUUAGCUUGCAUUUGUGUAAAAGAAUAAGGUAUGAACUGUGAACGCAAGCUGAUAUUCAAAGCAAGAGGGUGCCAUUCUGUUGCACAGUCUGCACUUUAGUGGAUGUGAGAGAUUAAAUGUUGGGACAUGUCAGGCAGGAGCAGAUAAAUAAAUACAGGUUGGCAUUAGUUGCCAUUUCAAUACCACUCAAGUUUGUUUACACUCUUUUAAGGUUUUAAAAGUGUAUUAGGGAAGGGAAUAAUCUACAAUGACACAAGCGACAUGAUUUGAAGUCAUGAAAGAGUAAGUAGAGGAGCUAAACAAGAAUAUUUCCUCUAGAUCAAAUAAGGAUGCUAGCUUAGAUAUCUAUACGAAGAUACUGAUCGAAUCCAAAUGUGUUGGAGAUGCUGACGCACAUUGUUUACUCUCUCUUUCUUUACUGUAGUCAUUCAUGCUACUAAAGAGUUGGUCAUAAAUUGGGUGAGGUCCUGCACUGCCCUACAUAGCCAAACAAAUGCAUAUGAGAUUGCUACAAAGACUUGUCCCAGCUGUUGAGGGUUUUUUGGGGAUAAGAUCUUUCUUAAAAGUAAUUUUGAACAUGGGUUGAAAAGAUCAGAAAGAAACAGGAUGGGAGAUUACUAAAGGACUGACAGAUACGUCAAUCCACCAAAAUUGAUCAAUGUUACAUAAGAAUUUGGAUGUGCCUGUUUACGUAUCCUUAAAAACAGGACUUUCAUCUAAAAACUCUGUCCUGACCCCUGAAAGGUUACAUGUGAUGCUACAUUAAUAUUCAUUAUGAAAAGUUUGUAUUGUGAUGCAUUCGGUCAGCUCACUAUCAAUGGCGACUUAUCUCUCAACCUAAACCUCAUGGUAGUAAUCUCUGUUUUAAAUCCCACUAUCCCUGGUUGUGUAAUGCUUAAUCAUAAAAUGACUAAAUCCUCGCUUUGGCUUUAUAAAUGGCCAUGUAGACAUGAAUUGUGAGUUUAGAUGGGGAUUACGGGGAAUCGGUCAGAACUGUAGCUUAUAUUUUAAUUCAUCAAGUGGACAGUUUGGUAAAUAAAUUAUGCAAGUCUCCCAUUUGUAAGAUUAACUGCUUUUCCCAUUCAUUAACAUAAACUGAAACCCUUGGGGUUUGUUAUUGUUGCCUUACGGACGGUUAUUUAAGGGUGAGUGUGUUUACAACCUUUAACAAUCAGCUUAUUGUGUAAACUGGACAACACAAGAUGACCGUGUCGAAGAGAAGGCCAAAUAAAUUUAAUAAAUGCAUCAGAAUUAUGACAGUAAGCAUGCUGUGGGUUUUGAGGGUUGGUGUAGAUGUACGUCUACAGGAUUAAAUCUGAUCAUGAAUUAUAUUAAUAACUCUGGGUAAACCUUUCACUAAACGCCAUCCCAAAGAUUUGGUAGUGGGAAUCUGUCAAUUGUAUAUUGGAUAUUGUACGAACAUGGUCGAACGCACAGCCUUGCAUAGUUUAUUUGACUCGUACGUGUACACAAGCGUUUGCAAUGCAUCUCCUGGGCUACACACUACAUUCUCCAUUAGGCGCAUACACGACCUACGCGUACAAUGUACCAGGGUUUCCAAAAUCCGGCAGUGCGCGUACAGUACCCGCACAUGCUUCUGAUGACAAAAAUAUUGGACCCCCACGUACAUUUAAGAAAUGGACGAUACACUGGCCUUAGGAGAAACAGUGAACAUACAAACUGGUUUUGCCUUAACUGCACCUCUGAACUUUGUCAGUAUUAUAUCAUUUGCAUUAAUUCAGAUUCCAGUUCACAUGAAAAGUUUGAAUCUACAUCACAUGCUACAUAAUACAGAUCCUUAAUACUACUAUUGCUUAGCAAGUUAAGGUGAAUUGUAUGUCUGUAAACCACUCGAGAAUUUGAUGAAAAAGUGAAAAUAUGGACAAGUUCUCUUACUGUAGCAUAACAAAUGGCUGCACAGAUAAGGUCAUCAUGAUAAUCUAUAAUUAGUUUAUAGUUUAAUAUGUGAUGCAUCUCACAGGCCAUUAUCUUGAUAUAAAUGUGUUAUUGUUGUCUUAUUUGGUAGCACUCUUAUAUAUGUUUGCUGUGGUGAACCUCCACCAUCUUCCUUAAGUCUAAACGUUAAUGGUGUGCAUAAUUUUGUAGCCCUUUAAAAUAAUGUCUGUGGAUCAAAACAUUUAACAACAGACGGUAUGACUGUGUAUGAAAUGUUAUGUGUAACUUAUUAAUGAAAAAGUAAUUAUUGGUGGAUUUUUGUUUAUUUCCUUAGUUUCAGACAGUCUAUUUUAUAUUAAAUAUUGCUUAAAGGUUUUGUUCCUUGUCUCAUGUCUGAAAAUAAUUAAAACCUGGAUUUGUUCAAUAAA